AACGGCAGUUCAGGGGUGUUUGGUUUGGAUCCUGUUUACCUUGGAGAACGUGCACCAGCCCGGCCCCAAAGUUCACAUUGAAGCUGCAGUGGUGGCCGGAGGCUGCGGAUCUCUGCUCUCCGCUCUGCCAGCUCAGGGGCAUCGAGGGGCAGGGUCUCAGAAUGAAACCCCAGCUCUUCCUCCUUUCUCUAGUGGCAUUAUCUGUGUCGGGGAAGAACAAAGAGCCUGCGGGGCUCUUGCAGGAUGAGGCGAAAUCCCCCUCAGCCAAUGGGAAGUGGGAGCCGCUCGACUCCACAAACCUAAGCAUGCCUCUCCUCCCCGCCGACUUCCACAAGGAGAACACGGUGACCAACGACCUGAUUGUGGAGGAGGAGGAGGAGGAGGACUACCUGGACCUGGAGAACAUCUUCAGUGACGAGGACGACUACAUUGACGUCAUCGACGCCGUCUCCCCCACAGACCCGGAGGCCCAGCCUGGAAACAUCCUCGGGCUGUUCCAAGGCAAGAGUCGGAUCCAGCGUCUCAACAUUCUUAACGCCAAGUUUGCCUUCAACCUCUACAGGACCCUGGAGGAGGCGACCGACCCGACCGGCAACCUCCUCCUGGCACCGGUGGGCAUCUCGACGGCCAUGGGCAUGAUCUCCUUGGGCCUGAAGGGAGACACCCACGAGCAGGUUCACGCUGCCUUGUAUUUCAAGGACUUCGUGAACGCCAGCAGCAAAUACGAGACGCAGACGGUGCACAACCUCUUCCGGAAGCUGACCCACCGCCUCUUCAGGAGGAAUUUUGGCUACACUCUGCGGUCAGUGAAUGACCUUUACCUUCAGAGGCACAUCCCCAUCCGGGAAGACUUCAAAAAUAAGAUGAAGGAAUACUACUUUGCCGAGGCCCAGCCCGCUGACUUCUCCGAACCAGCUUUCAUCACCAAGGCCAAUGACCAUAUUCUGAAGGUCACCAAGGGCCUGAUAAAGGAUGCUCUGGUGAACAUAGAUCCAGCCACCCAGAUGAUGAUUCUGAACUGUAUUUACUUCAAAGGUACCUGGGUGAACAAGUUCCCAGUGGAAAUGACACAUAACUCCAAUUUUCGCCUGAAUGAGAGAGAGGUGGUCAAGGUUCCCAUGAUGCAGACCAAGGGCAACUUUCUUGUGGCCAAUGACCAGGAGCUGGACUGCGACGUGCUGCAGCUGCAGUAUGUGGGGGACAUCAGCAUGCUGAUCGUGGUGCCCCACAAGCUGGCAGGCAUGAAGACUCUUGAGGCCCAGCUCAGCCCGCAGGCAGUAGAGAGAUGGCAGAAAAGCAUGACCAACAGAACCCGUGAGGUGCGCCUUCCUCGGUUCAAGCUGGAGAAGAGCUAUGAUCUCGUGGACGCCCUGAAGUCGAUGGGCAUCACCAAGCUGUUUGAUCACAGCGGGGACUUCUCCGGGGUAUCCGACCAGAAACUCGUCAUCGACCUGUUCAAGCAUCAAGGCACCAUCACGGUGAACGAGGAGGGCACGCAGGCUGCCGCUGUGACCACCGUGGGCUUCAUGCCCCUCUCCACGCAGGUUCGAUUCGUCGUCGAUCGCCCUUUCCUGUUCCUCAUCUACGAGCACCGCACCAGCUGUCUGCUGUUCAUGGGCCGCGUCUCCAAUCCCAGCAGGUCUUAGAGGUGGCGGCCGGCCCCCCGCAUGCAGGGGUCACGUCUCAUCAAAGGGAAUCUGUGGGAAUCGCUCUGUGUAGCAAACAGUCCUGAAUCUUGAGGAGCUGUGUGAGCCUGCACGUGCAGUCAAUGAAUUGAUUAAAGUGUCUUUAAGGAGCAGA